AUGAGCACUCCCGAAUAUGAGAAACGAUUCCUGCGUCUUCGCAGUCCCGCUGCCCGUAAGCUCUUCUCGAUCAGUGACUCUUCCUCCUCGCAAGAUCGCUUCAUUCCCUGCCGAGUAAACAACAACUGGACUACAAACUUUGCUACGCUCAGUACGAAAUCGAACGAAAAUUCGCCCCAAUCGAGCAAAAAGCAGCGUGACUGUGGGGAAAAUGCACGGGACAGUUUGGCCUACAGUUGUCUGCUGAAGAACGAACUGCUCGGCACGGGAAUCGAUGAUGUGAAGCUAGCGGCGGACGAUAAGAAUGGCAGUGGUGGCGGAGGAGGCGGUGGAAACAGUGGAGGGAGUGGUGGUAGUGGUGGGGGAGGUGGCUUGUAUGCAAACAGCAACCGGACAAGACUGUUUAAAUAUCAGUCUCCGACGAAACAGGAUUACAACGAACAGUGUCCGUACUCGCUAUCACCCGUCAGCAUCAAAAGCCAAAAAUUAUUACGUUCGCCCCGCAAAGCGACUCGCAAAAUUUCCAAGAUACCGUUCAAAGUGUUGGACGCGCCCGAACUGCAGGACGAUUUCUACCUCAACCUAGUCGACUGGUCCGCACAGAACGUGUUGGCGGUGGGUCUUGGUAGUUGCGUUUAUCUCUGGAGUGCUUGCACCAGUCAGGUUACACGACUAUGCGAUCUCAGCUCCGAUUCCAACACGAUCACGUCCGUCUCAUGGAGCGAACGGGGCCAUCAGCUAGCGGUAGGAACGCAACACGGAUACGUCACUGUGUGGGAUGUUGCGGCUAGCAAACAGGUAAAUAAACUGCAAGGUCAUUCGGCACGUGUCGGCGCACUGGCCUGGAACGGGGACGUUCUAUCGAGCGGGUCUCGGGAUCGUCUGAUCAUGCAGCGUGAUACGCGCACACCAUCACAGGUCCCCGAGCGAAGGCUCGCCGGUCACCGGCAGGAAGUGUGCGGUCUCAAAUGGUCCCCGGACAACCAGUAUCUGGCCAGCGGCGGCAAUGACAACCGGUUGUACGUGUGGAACCAACAUUCAUCCUCACCCGUGCACUCGUACUCGGAGCAUAUGGCGGCGGUGAAAGCAAUCGCCUGGUCACCGCAUCAUCAUGGUCUGCUGGCCAGUGGUGGCGGUACUGCCGACCGUUGCAUACGGUUCUGGAACACGCUCACCGGACAGCCGAUGCAGUGCGUCGAUACUGGCUCGCAGGUGUGCAAUCUGGCCUGGUCCAAGCAUUCGUCCGAGCUCGUCUCCACCCACGGCUACUCGCAGAAUCAGAUUCUCGUGUGGAAGUACCCAUCGUUAACGCAGGUGGCCAAGCUGACCGGCCACUCGUACCGCGUGCUCUACCUCGCGCUCAGCCCGGACGGUGAAGCGAUCGUGACCGGUGCGGGCGAUGAAACGUUACGCUUUUGGAACGUGUUUAGCAAGGCACGGUCGCAGAAGGAGAACAAAAGUGUACUGAAUCUGUUCACAAACAUUCGGUAAAACUGGACCGGAGGAGAGUGGUAGACCUUUCC